CGAGCAGAGGCUCUGGCGGUCUUGGCGGUCGGAGGUCCGGGAGCUCUUCUCCAGAGGACACGCGGCUAUACGCACUGGUCUGCACCUGACAGUCACUGGAAUGCUACUCCAGGCUUUAGAAGAAAGUGAAAGUAAUUUUAAAGGCCCCUUAUUCUUUCUGUUACCUGCCUGCUGAAGUGGAAAGAAAUCUCCCUGUUCCUUUAUUGUGAACUGAUUUGACCUUCCCAUCUCCAAAGGGUGUGUGCAGGGAGCAGGAGCCUUUCCACUCGAGCCCCAGCUGUGUUGGAAACCCUCCUAAGGAGCAGCAAUGGGUCAGGAAUCUAGCAAGCCUCUAUGGCCCAAGCCAGCAGGAGGGUAUCAGUCCCAGACAGGCAGGAGAUAUGGAAGAAGGCAUGCUUAUGUCAGUUUCAGGCCGUCCAUGAGCCAGCAGGAAAGGAACUCCAGCCAGAGAAAGACGACAUCCGAACUCCCAAUGCACAGAUCAGACCCCAGUCAAAUCACCAAGAGGAGCCGCUCGCCGUUUUCCAGCAGCCGUCGUCGUUGGGAUGACAGUGAGAACUCAGGAAGAAGCCUGAAUGUUGAGAAUGAGGACUACACCAGGUACCUGCCAAGAGAGUACAGGGCUCCAGGUAGCAGAAGAGGAAUGGCUUAUGGACCUAUUGACUCUUUCGGGGCAGAGGAUAGCGAGGAGGAGGGGGCUGGGCCUGUGGAGCGAGUGCCAGUGAGAGCGAAAACUGGCAAGUUUAAAGAUGAUAAGCUAUAUGACCCAGAGAAAGAGGCGAGGUCUUUGGUUGGGGUGCCCCCCCAGUUCUCUAGUUUGAACCAUGAUGUGACACAGGAGGUUGGCAAGCUAGACCCAGCCCCUGCAGUGACACGCUCUGCUGGCAGAGCUGAGUUCCUGCAGCAAAAGGGCAUGGCUCCUCAGACCUCUGCUGCUGACAGCAAGGUGGCUGCACAAGGCGACAGCCUGGAGAGGGAGAAACCAGAGCAGGAUUUACCUGUGCACCCCAGCAGGGCUCCUGUGAGUAUUUGUGGUGGUGGGGAAAACACCCCAAAGGGUGCAGAGGAACCGGUGGUGAGGCCCAAAAUCAGAAACCUGGCCAAUCCAAACUGCAUGAAACCAAAAAUAUUUUUUGAUACUGAUGAUGAUGACGAUAUGCCACAUAGUACUUCCAGGUGGAGGGAUACCGCCGGCACUGGUGACCGCCACCCGGGCAGCCUGGCAAGAAGAGGCAGAGGCGAGAGUUCAAGUGGCUACUGUGAGCCAAAGUACCCUGAAGAUAAGAGGGAAGCCAGGAACGACCAAGUGAAGCCAGAAAAGGUGCCGAGACGGCAGCGGACCGUGGCCGACCAGGACUUCUGGACAUUCAGUGACGAUUACUACAAAUACUGUGAUGAAGACUCUGACAGCGACAAAGAGUGGACUGCCGCUUUGCGUCGCAGGUAUCGAGGUUGGGAGAAAAACCUGUCAUCCAGUGGUGAAAGCUGGGAGACUCUCCUGGGGAAAGAAGAGCACGAACCUGAGCCAGCCAGAGGGAAUGCCAACGCUGGCACCAGCCCCAGUGCUGGUGCCGUCCCUGGCAGCCAUGGCGGCAGGGAACUUGAAGGAGUUCGAGACCCAUCUCUUCAGGAAGAUGCGCGGGUGUCACCGGGAGAAGGACAAGUCCCUUGGCUCCAAUACAAUGAAAAGGAAAGCAGCAGCGAGGGGGAUAAUGAUUCCAGUCACGAGGUUCUGCAGCCCGGGGGCUUCAUGCUGGAUGGCAACAACAACCUUGAAGAUGACUCCAGUGUGAGUGAAGACCUAGAAGUGGAUUGGAGCCUCUUUGAUGGGUUUGCAGAUGGCUUAGGGGUGGCCGAAGCCAUCUCCUACGUGGAUCCUCAGUUCCUCACUUACAUGGCACUUGAAGAACGCCUGGCCCAAGCGAUGGAAACAGCCCUUGCACACUUGGAGUCUCUGGCGGUGGAUGUGGAGGUGGCCAAUCCACCAGCAAGCAAGGAGAGCAUCGACAGUCUUCCCGAGAUCCUGGUCACUGAAGACCACAGCGCAGUGGGGCAAGAAAUGUGUUGCCCCAUCUGUUGCAGUGAAUAUGCGAAGGGGGAGGUGGCGACCGAGCUGCCCUGCCACCACUAUUUCCACAAGCCAUGCGUGUCCAUCUGGCUUCAGAAGUCGGGCACCUGCCCUGUGUGCCGCUGCAUGUUCCCUCCCCCACUCUGAGACCAAGGCUCUUCACUCCUGGUCUGCUCAUUUUCCCCAUCCGAAAUCCACAAUACUGCAGGAGCCCUUUCAAAAUUAACACUUGAAAUGAGACUAAUGAGUCCACUUACCUACUACUCUGAUUGAUUUCUUGUGAUCAGUUCUGAUGUGAAACGGUUGUGUAUGAUUGCAUUAAAAAAUCAUACUGUCUUUUAGAGGUUAGAAAGGAAAAAACUAAACAUUCUAAAUGCUACCUAAGAUGGUGGCAAGAGCCUAACAUUUUCUAACCUGAACGUUGAAAUUGGAUGUAUUUGUUUCUUCAGUAGAGUAUGUUGCUAUAAUUGUAAUGUCAAGUUGAUCUGUUAAAUAUGUCCAAAAGGCAUCACCAUUUCUGUUGCAUGUUAUGGGUUAAUGUUCCUGUAAUUGCAGUGCAGUAAAAGCUUAUUAA